AUGGCGAGCGUGGCUACUCUCACGUCCAAGCGAGGUGGCAAUCGCGGUGCGGUCACUCGACUCAUCACCAAACUUUCCGACAUCAUCACCGAUGCUACCAUGCACAGAGACCGAAAAAUCUACGAACUCAACAAGAAGUUGGAAGAUCUUCACGACAAAAUAAAGGUAGUUGAAGCCGCAGAAGUAGCACCAGCUGCUGCUGCCUCUGCGGCUGCAGCAGCAGCUGCCAAUCCAAAUCCUCCAGCACCUACAAUCACUCCAACCAUCAACGUGACCACUGCCACCGAUUCAAGUCAUCUCCCCAAGUUUAAUCUCCCUGAAUUUGGUGGAAAUAUUCUACUCUGGAAUGCGUUCUGGGACGUAUUCGAAGUGGAAGUUCAUCUCAAAAAGAGCUACUCCAAUGCUACUAACGUUUUGGGCCAGCCGGCGAAGAUCAUCAUGGCUCACAUGCGAGCGCUAGUGGCCUUACCGAAGCCCGGAACUGACCGAGCUUCGUUAAGGAAGUUUGUGGAUUCUCUGGAGUCGCACAUCCGUGGACUCGAAGCUCUGAACAAGACGCCAGAUUCAUAUGGCGAUCUGCUCGUCUGCAUCCUUCUCGACAAACUCUCAGCUGAUCUGCGUCGUAACCUGGCACGACAAAGUGACGCCGCUGAGUGGGACCUCGAUAUCCUUCGAAAGAGCCUGCUCAAAGAAAUCGAAAUUCUCGAAGACAGUGAAAGUUCAAUCUCCCACUCAUCGGCAUUAAAACCUCCCAAAAAGACAAACGUCAUGCUCUUGGGAGCAAAGCCAUCUACAAAAGAGUUUCCCCAUCGCAAGCUCUUUUGUCCCUUUUGCACCGGAGAUCAUUGGCCCACCGACUGCGAUACAGCAAAAACUGUGGAAGAGCGGUACGACAUCGCAAAGGUAAAAAAGCUCUGUUUUAACUGUUUAAGAAAGAUGCAUCAGGCAUCAUCCGAUUGCCCAUCCAAGUAUCGCUGUCGUGUAUGCAAUCGAGCUCAUCAUACCAGUCUGCACAAAGCCGAUCCUUCUAGAGUUACUGGCGCUACUAUUCUUUCUUGGUCUCCCCCAACGUCAGUGGUGUUAUCGGCCACAGACGUUGUAGAACAAAACUCUUUUGUAUUUUUGGAAACGGCAAUUGCCAAAGUUCAGUCACAAUUUGUUAAAUUGGAUGGCAACAUUUUAGUCGACAAAGGUGCUCAACGCACAUUCAUCACGUCAAAGCUGGCUAAAUUGUUGAAUCUACCACCUCUCAGACGUGAGAGCCUCAUUCUUUUCGGUUUCACUUCGUGCCGUGGAGUUGCCGAACACUACGACGUCGUACAAUUCUCUAUUAUCGAUCGGCAUGGAUCUCCCAUCGUUGUGCAAGCGAUCGUCAUUCCUCACAUCGUGGACCCUCUCUCCGAUCCACAUCGAGCCGAGUUGUUGUCUCUUCCCCAUCUGAAAAGGCUCAAGUUGGCACACCCAGUGUCGACAAAAUCAACAUUCGAGGUGGAUAUUCUAGUAGGUGCAGACACCUACUGGAAUAUCGUUGGUGAUCAGGUCAUCCGUGGAUCUGGCCCAACGGCCGUUGACUCAAAAAUCGGCUAUCUCAUCUCUGGACGUCUACAAUAUUCAGGUGAAAAAGUCGAGCAGAAAACUGUUGGUCUGCAUAUCUCGGUGGAAGAAGCACUCGACGUCACUAAAUUCUGGAAUCUUGAGACCCUGGGAAUCCAGCCGGAUCUGGAGUCAACAAAGACAACUGAGUUUUAUCAAAAGAAUUCAGUCGAGUUUCGUGAUGGAAAAUACGUCGCGAAGCUUCCUUGGAGUGAAAAUCAUCCGCCCCUCUCGUCCAAUCUACAAGUUUGCCAAAAGCGAACGAGAGGGACCGUCAACCGACUAGCAUCAAAAAAUCCAAAUGGACUCAAGCUCUACAGCAAAAUCAUUCUAGAACAGCUGGACCGAGGCUUCAUCGAGAAGGUUCCAUCUAGUGAAAUGAGCAAGCCAUCUCACUACAUUCCUCACUUCGGAGUGUUUAAAGAGUCGGCUACUACACCCCUUCGUAUUGUCUACGAUUGUUCUUGCAAAACUUCAGCAGGAGUGAGUUUGAACGACUGCCUCGAAAUUGGCCCUCUACUACAGAACGUCAUGAUGGCUAUUCUUCUCCGUUUUCGCGCACACACAAUCGGCUUGACAGCCGACAUUGAAAAGGCGUUUCAUCAAGUUGGUCUACACGAGCAGGAUCGAGAUUUCGUGCGGUUCCUUUGGCUAAAGGACCCAUACGACUCAAAAUCGGAUUUCGAGUCGUACCGUUUCCGCGUGAUUCCGUUUGGUGCCAGCAGCUCGCCCUUCAUCCUCCUGUCAGUGAUCAAAAAACAUCUACAAGAUAGUUCAUCGCUACUAGCUGACGACAUCAAUCGCAACAUUUAUGUCGACAACCUCAUCUCAGGCUGUGAAACUUCCGAAGAUGCAGUGUCUUACUUUUCUGAAGCCAACAAUGUGUUAAAAAGUGCCGGUCUCAAUCUUCAAUCGUGGGGGUCAAACGAUGACCAACUCACAGUGAGAGCAAAAAGUGAAGGAGUCGGCGACAAAUCUCAAGUCACUAAAGUCCUUGGCCUCGACUGGGAACGUGAAGAAGAUCGUCUUCAUGUUCCCUGUGUUAAGCUCUCUCAUCUUUCACAUCCACAAACUUCGAAACGGGAAGUGUUGCGUGGCAUCUCAGCUACCUACGACCCUCUUGGCUUCAUUACUCCCCUCACCAUUCCAGCAAGAAUGCUCAUCCAGGAAAUUUGGAAACUCAAGCUGGAUUGGGACGAUCCCAUUCCAUUUGAGCUGAUAGAAAGAUGGAAAGGAAUCGCAACUUCCAUCGAAGACUCAAAAACUUCUUUCAAUCGCUCUUACUUCAAGACUGGAGAAAUCAAAGAGCUCCAUGUUUUUGUUGAUGCAAGCCAACUGGCCUACGGGGCCGUCGCAUAUUUUUGCAAUGACGACUCCUCUUCGUUCGUGUUCUCCAAGUCUCGCGUCGCCCCGCUGAAAACGGAGAAAAAGUUACUAACCAUUCCGCAGACCGAGUUGAUGGCAGCUGUCAUCGGAACCCGUGUCGCGUCAUCCAUUCUCAGUGCUCUCCUUCCCCUAGGCCUCAAGCCAAACUGUUAUCUGUGGUCAGACAGUCAGAUUGUGCUCUACUGGAUCCAAAAAAUGGGAAAAAUCAAGUGUCAAUUCGUCCACAACCGAGUCGAGACCAUCCGCAGUUUCACUCGAGAUACUAAUGCUUCAUGGAACUACUGUCCCACCACUUGCAAUCCGGCGGAUCUUCUAUCUCGUGGUUCUACUCUCCGUCAGUUCCUCUCUUCCGACAUCUGGCUAACCGGACCUUCGUGGCUUCCAAAGAGAAGUGAGUGGCCGUCGUGGGAGGGAAACUGCGAACCAGCGGCAGUGUUUCACCUGUCAGUCAUCACUAGUGCAUCAGCAUCCAAUACACCACCCUCCCACGACGGAGGAAUCGGGAAGAUUCUCGACAUAUCGAGAUACAAGUUCUCUUAUCUCAUAAGAGUUACCGCGAUUGUCCGACGAUUCGUUGGAAAUAUCAAGCUAAAAGACAAGUCUCGAGCAAGCUGGAAGUUAGGCUACAUCACUGUUUCCGAACUGCAAGAAGCAGAAAAGGUUUGGCUUCUUGCAGUUCAAAAAUCGUACUUUACUGAAGAAAUCAACUACUGCGUGAAGCCAACCGUAAAGCGUCCAGCUCUCGUUUCUCAACUGGAUCUUUUUAUCGGUCAAGAUGGCCUGUUGCGCUGCAACGGCCGUCUCUCCAAUUCUCAACUAAAGAAAGACGCAAAGCACCCUAUCCUGCUACCAAAGAAUUCUACUUUCUCCACUCUCGUCAUAGCCGCUCAUCACGCUUUGAUGAUGCACGGAGGAGUAAAAUUAACGGUGGCAUCAAUUCGCCAGCGCUAUUGGAUCCCGCAAAUCGUCCAAAGUGUCAAAAAGUGUUUAAAAAAGUGCGUUAACUGCAGCCGUGUAAGAGGACCCCCUUACACGGCUCCAAACCAUGCCCCACUUCCAGUGUCGCGUUCAUCAUAUUCUUUUCCAUUCACCGUGACCGGCAUCGAUUUCACGGGAGCGUUCACCAUACGAGGUCCCAAAGAAGCUCCAAAAGUAGACCGGACGGUCUACAUUCUACUGUUCACCUGUGCGUCUACUCGCGCUAUUCAUCUGGAAGUAGUCGAGGAUAUGACCACACUUUCCUUUCUGGACGCCUUCCGCUGCUUUGUCUCUCACCAUUCUCGCCCAGCUGUCAUCAUGGCACCGUGGUACGGUGGCUUUUGGGAAAGGCUGAUUGGCCUUGCCAAAAGUGCUCUUUCAAAAAUUCUCGGUCGUACCAAACCUACACUCAGUGCAUUUCGAGCCCUCGUCGCCGACGCUGAAGUAGUGCUGAACGAUCGCCCUCUUGAAAAUCCGUCGAGCAGCAUCGGCGACGUAGAGUCACUUUCUCCAGCUCAUCUGAUGUAUGGCCGACGGCUCAACACACUACCCUACAGCGAAGAAACAAACGAAGAAAAGUUUGAUGCAUCAUACGGCGAAAAACCGGACGAGCUGAAGAGAGCCAUCACCCGCCAUCAGACUCUGCUUCAACAUUUCGAAAAACGUUUUCUGGCUUCCUAUCUCCCUGCUCUUCGCGAGUACCAUCAAGCAACGAAAAAGAAUAAUCCAACAGUCAUCAAAGAAAGAGAUGUUGUUCUCGUUCACGACGAAAAACCACGAAAAGAUUGGAAAAUGGCUGUCGUCGAGAAGCUCAUUCGCAGUCAAGAUGGACAGAUUCGAGCUGCCGACAUCCGCACGGCAAACGGAAAAACUAAUCGCCCCAUCUCCAAGCUCUACCCACUACAAGUUGCUGAACCGUCGGACGAUCCGGCCGCAUCGUCCGACGGCCCACUUUCGGAUCCAGCUCCGUCGUCGCCUUCUAGACCAACCCGAAAAUGUGCCGCCCAAACCAACGCAGCGAUCAAGAAAAUCUUCGAACAAGAAGACGCUGAGUAG